AUGGCCAGAUCUCAAAUCCAGGACGUCAUUCGAUGUCAAUACUGUGAGAACGAGCCCGCUGUCUUCCACUGUGUUCCGUGUGGAGAUGAACUCUGUCCUCGAUGUAAAGUCUUCCAUCUUAAAAGUAAAGUUCCCUCCGGACACAACAUCGUCCGUCUGUCUGAGAGACUUCAUCCAGCCAAUCAGAUCAAAAUGUGUGAGGUCCACUCAUCUAAAGCGUACGAGAUUUGUUGUAAAGUUUGCCAAGUCCCCGUGUGCAUUAUGUGUAUUCAGGAAGUUCAUAGCGAACACGCUAUCGGGAAGAUACAAGAUCUUUACGAGAAACUAAAAGCCGAAACUAUUGAGGAAUUGACUACAAUAAAGACACAGUUGAAGUCAGAGAUCAGUCAGAGAAUAAAAGAUUACAUCAUGGGAGAAAAGGGAAUAAAGACCAGUCAUGAGGAUAUACGUGAGAAAAUGAAAAAACAAGCUCAGAUAUUUAUAAAUGAUAUCAGCGCCAUUUUGGCAGAAGCAUUGCAAGAGUCUGAGAAAGAUGAGAGAAAAUAUAUAGUGGAAAUAGCCCGACAUACUGCGGAGGCUGAGAAUUUUGAACAAACUUUGGAUCAAAUGAUAGAGAAAUGGGAAACACUUACAGAUUCAACUCAUCCUGUCGAACUUAUUUUGUAUCGAAAGCAAAAUCCUGACAUAUUUAAGCUAUUGAAACUUCCAAACAAACUAAGUAUUGUUAUGCCUUCGUUUUCAGUUGGUCAGAUUAACAAAUCUCAAAAUAAGCAUCAAUUUGGCAAGCUAAUAACAAGUAAGGUUAACUUGAUAAAAUCACCCGUUGAAAGCUCAAAACAUAUACAGCCAACUAUGUCUGCAAAAGGAAAUAAAUCCAAGAAAAGAGUACUGGAGCGUUCAGUAAAAACAAGCCAAAUAAAAGCUGAAAAGAGAAAGUUAUGUUACAUGGCUUGCCGUGAUGAUAGAUCAGCGUACAUCAGUGGUGAUGGUCCUGGAAUACAACUGAUAGACAGGUCAGGGACAGAGCUGGAUAACAUCAGUACUGACGGAGAACCAAUUGGCCUGGCUGUGAUGCUGGACAGAAGUCUGAUUUAUUCUGAAUACGACAAUAAAGUUAUUUAUAAAGUGGCGCUGAAUAAACAGAAAACAGAGAUUAUAAGUACUGAGCAUAAUCCUGGAGGACUCUGUUGUACCAAGUCAGGUGAUAUCCUGGUCUGUAUGGGUUACAGAGGUACAGCAAGAGUGGUCAGGUACAACAGCACUGGGAGGAAAAUCCAGGAAAUUCAGACAGAUCAAAACGGAGAGAGACAUUUUAGUGAUCCUUUCUUUAUCUGUGAAAAUGUCAACAAAGACAUCUGUGUUUCUGAAUGGAACUUUCUUAAAAGUAAACUUGUUGUAUUGAAUAAGUCCGGAAAUCUUCAUUUUACCUAUGACGGGCACGUCAUAGCCAGUAUUUUAAAAGACAGAUUCCAACCCAGUGGUGUGGCUACCGACAGUCUUGGUCACAUCCUUAUCGCAGACAGAGCCAAUAACGCCGUGCACCUGAUCAGCCAGGACGGGGACUUCCUGUCUUACAUCCUGACAGAGAACGAUGGGAUAUCACGGCCAUACGGAAUCUCUGUGGACAGGCACGACAACCUGUGGUUGGUAGAACAAGAAAAAGCCUGUGUCAAAGUGUAUCGGUAUCUCUAG